AGGCCAGCGGAGAAUUCUUCCUGGAACUCCAUGCAGCCGUAAUUAUCUGCUCGUGAACCCUCUUUUCACAUCCUGGUAGUUGAACUCAGUGCUGUCCGAUUGUUGCACGUUGCAUCAGGCAUCCAUUGGUAUUGCAUAGUUUAUUGCUGGAAGACUGUAAGACGCAGCACAUUCUCUGCACAUUCUCUGAAGGCGCCAAGACGGGCAUACCUUGAGUUUGAGUAUCUUUCUUUCAAAGUACAGCGGGAACCAUGGCAGCUCCAGCACCGAAUGUGUGGGCUGCGAAGGCAGCUGAGCGUGAGCGCGAGAAGCAAGAAGCUCGGAAUUCUGAGCCGAAGGGAAUGCAACGGCAUGAAAAUCAAGCGAAGGCACGCCAUGACGGAGUCGAUAGGAGCGACAAAAAGAAUGCUGGGAGUGCGGGAGGAAACGAGGCUAUAACCACAAUCAAGCUGAAAGUACGGCAAGACUGUGCUGGGUUCGUGGUGGGUCCGAAGGGGCGCGUGAUAAACGAGAUCGCGCAGCAGACGGAGACUACGAUCUUCUCUCCGCGCAAAGGGGAAGAGCCCAUCUUCGUCAUCUCGGGAGCCAAGGUUCUUGUCAAUGCUGCAUCGGCUCUGAUCAGGGCGAAGGAGCAUGAGGCGUUAGAAAGGGAAGCAAAGGAUCACAAGGAUGCCACUCGCACGUCAGUGGUGGUGGUCCCGGAGUCUUUGGUAGGAUUCGUAAUGGGCUCACAACACGUGGUCAUCGAUACCAUCGCGUACCAGAGCAGAACGCAGAUAAAAUGUCCAAUCAAGGGUGGGAAACCUGAGUUUGAGGUCACUGGGACGCCAAUCUGCAUAGAAGCGGCGAAAGCUUGUAUCGAAGCCAAAGUCUAUCAGGCUAGCAUUGUUCCAUGGCAAGAGUCAGUAGAAAACGUAACGAUCAACUUAUCGGUACCUGCGGAUAGAGUCGGAUUGGUUGUUGGGCCAUCGGGUAGCGUCAUUCAGGGCAUCGCACUGCAAACGUGCACAACCAUUGUAAGCCCGAAGCGCGGUCAAGAUCCUGUCUUUGUCAUCACUGGGCCUCAGCACUGUGUCUUCCUUGCUCAGACUGCCAUCGAGCAGAUUGUGCAGGCGACUGGCAAGCACGGACACAAAGACAAAGCAGGGUUUCGCAAGAUCAAGCGAGGAAACUCCAAGUAUCCUGCAGUGGAUGCUGUCAAUCGCCCCAUCAUCGUGGACGGCUGCAGGAGAGGAGCUCCUUGAAGGAGUUCGCCUGCUCACCAGGAUGAAAUGAACGUGAAGUGUCGAUGAUGGCGCGAACGGAUAUGACAGUGAUGAGCAGCCAAGAGCCAACGAGCUGCGAAGCUGCCUUCACCUCGUGACCCUAUGAUGCAGUUUGAUUGGUGUUGCUGUCAGUGAGGAUAUGGCGCUGCUGCCCGAGAAGGCUCAUUAAACGACCAUCCGAUGUUGGAUGCUAUC